AUGAAUACGGAGACGAGUAAUAAGCACUCAGCAGAUGUUUCGAAGGAAGUUGAAAUUGAAGCCGGAGGCGAAGUGAAGAAAAGUGAAUCAAAGGCAAGCGAGGUUACAGACGGAGCAAGGAUGUGUGCGGAAGGGCCGAAUGCAGUAAAGUCUGAAUUUAAGACAGAAAGUAGUGGUAGUGUGAACACGAAAGCGAAGAGUGUAAGCGAGGGAGAAAAAUACAUUACAAAAACGCCAGAAGGAGUGAUGAUAGUUUCGAUGGACGAGCUUAUGAAGUACAAUGAUGAUAAGUACAGUGAUAAAGGGAAGAAGAUGAUAUUUGGGAUGUGGCUGAAUGCGGAGUUUAAGAAUGAGCUGCAGAAGAACAAGAACAAUGUGAGGAUAUUUAAGGUUCUCUCUGCUGUGUCAGCGGCAGCGGCGGUUGGGAUUCUGGUGUAUGUAUCUAUUGAGACUAUAAAGAGUUUUUGA